AUGGGAAUGGAGACCAAGGUCAACAGGUCAGCCAAGUUGCUGAUCGGCUUCAAUGGAGCAAUGACGAUCACUGUGGGAGCAGUAGAGCUCGACAUCUACUCCCAACCAGUGAUCAGUGCCCAUACAUUCAUGAUCAUUGACGAAGUCUCUCCCUACAAUAGCAUCCUCAAAAGACCAUGGAUUGGUAAUAUCAAUGCCAUCACAUCUGCCAUGCACUAG